UCAGGUGUCAAGAGCCACGUAUUGUUAUCGAUUUUUGAGAGCUAUUCAGUUGUCACACCUAUUGUUAUUUUCAAAGUUCUAUAAUUUGUUCAAAUAAGUUUUGACGUUUCUCUUAUCCUAAAAUCAAAUGAACUGUGAUUGGGGAGAUAGAUUUUGGUAUAAAAGGUUUGGAAAAGAAGUGAUCAAUCACACUUUCAGCAGUUACAGUUGCCUUUCUUCUGUGCUCAGCCUACACCAACACCAUGCAAAUGAGGAGUGCUAUCAUACUUGUCUUGUCUGGCAUCUUGGCUCUUGCUACCGCAGAGCCUAGGCCAGGUCCGGAGCCAGCACCAUUCAUGUUUCCACCAUUCGGCCCAUUCAGCCCAUUUAUGAUGACACCAAUGGGGAUGAUGCCCAACCCUAUGAUGCCACCUAUGAUGCCCCCAAUGAUGCCCCCAAUGAUGCCCCCAAUGAUGCCCCCUAUGAUGCCCCCUAUGAUGCCCCCCGUGGGUCCGCCCAUCCUCAUGUAAUUGCAUCGCUGAGCUGAAAAGGGGACCUCGCUUCAAGGCAUUGCCAAGCACAAUAUGAACGUGGGAUAACUGGGCACUGAAGAUAUAGUGGUAUUUUAAUCUGCUGGCAAUAAAGAAAAUUCCAUCAAA